GAGCAUCCGUCGUUUGAAGUAAUUUGCAGCUAUUCCUAUUUUGUUUGUUUAUAUUUAUUUGUAUGGGACCGACGCCGGCCUGUUAGAGGAACAAGGUAUCGAAAGUAUUGAUCAAAAACUGAGCAAGAUGUGUCCCCAUUAUAAGCGAUUGCAGAGCAUAUUUUUUAAGAGCAAAUCGGCAGACUCGACACAGUACGUGUUCCAGUCCGAAGAUGGUACAACUAAUCAUGGUGAAUGUGAAAUUAUUCAGCAGAGCGAAUAUGACAGUGGUAGUAUGUUCGUUGACGAAAUUGCGACAACGACUGAAAGCAAACAUGAUAAUGUAUUUUAUACGUUGCCGGAUGAUAUCGAAAUUGCAACACCAGUUUUUUCUAAACGAGCUCAAAAUAUAAAUGACAAUAAGGCAGUAGAAUUCGCUGAAAAGAUGAGGAAAUCGGCACCGAAAACAGCAAUUAGCAAAUUAUCUGCACUACAAUCGGAAAGAAAUGAGCUACAAAUGCAACGCUUAGAAUUAGAAAAGGAGAAACACAGAGACUACAUGGAAAGGGAGGAAAAACGGAUAAGUAUAGAAAAGGAAAAGUUUGUUUUGGAAAAAAAAAGACACGAGAAGAUGUUUGAGCUGGAAAAAGAUAAAUUAGCCAUAGAAAAAGAGAACAAUAAGGCUAAAUUAAAAAUUUUGAUUAUGGAGCUGGAGAUGAAGGAGCGGCUAGCUCGUUAUGAGUUAGAACUAAAAUACAAUCAGUAAAACAGAAGCUAAGUUUUUUUCAGAAAACAGAAACCAAAAAUUACACAUUUUCUUUUAUUUAUUUAUGGAACAA